AUGUAGCCGACUAUGGCAAGACAGAUCUCAGUUGCCAGAUCUGUGUGGUCAAAGCCUGCCCUGAUUUCUACCCUGAUAGGCAUCCUGACUUCUCAACUGGAUCUAGGACCAGAAGCCAAUGUGCCUUUCUGGAUGAAAUGGCCAGAUAGGUCCCAAACUUUCUCUGAUAACCCAUUUGAGGGCCUUCCUUCACUCCCCAAACCCAGGAGCUAGUUCCUGUGGGCAGCGCCUGACGAGCCUGACCCUCUCCUUUCUGCAGUUCAAGGGAAAGACGAGAUCUUGCACAAGGCACCCUGCGUCUGUCCUCCACCAGGGAAGGGUGACAUGGACCCUCUCGGGCUGCUCAUCUUGCUCCUUGUCACAGAGCUGUCCCGAGCCCACAACACCACGGUGUUCCAGGGCAUAGCAGGCCAGUCCCUGCGGGUCUUCUGCCCUUACAACUCCCUGAAGCACUGGGGGAGGCGCAAAGCCUGGUGCCGCCAGCUGGGUGAAGAGGGCCUGUGUCAGCAGGUGGUCAGCACACACCCCUCCUGGCUGCUGUCCUUCCUGAGGAGGCGCAACGGGAGCACGGCCAUCGCGGACGAUGCCCUGGGUGGCACUCUCACUAUUACGCUGCGGAAUCUUCAAGCCCAUGACGCUGGCCUGUACCAGUGCCAGAGUCUCCAUGGUAGCGAGGCCAGCACCCUCAGAAAGGUCUUGGUGGAGGUGCUGGCUGACCCCUUUGAUUACCAGGACCCUGGAGAUCUCUGGAUCCCUGUGGAGUCCGAGAGCUUUGAGGAUGCCCAGGUGGAGCACAGCGUCUCCAGGAGCCUUUCAGAAGAGGAGAGCCCCUUCCCACCCUCUUCCAUCCUUUUCCUCUUGGCCUGCAUCUUUCUCAGCAAGCUUCUAGCAGCCAGUGCCCUCUGGGCUGCAGCCUGGCAUGGGCAGAGACAGAGGACGCGCUGGGCCAGUGGGCUGGACUGUGGUCAUGACCAAGGUUACCAGCUCCAAACCUUGACAGGGCUGAGAGACACAUGAGAGAGGAGGACCCAUGCUGGAGGAGAGGCCCAGGAGAGGUCUGCAUGGACCACCCUAGCCCACUGCACACUCACCCCUUGGCCACCAAGUCUCCUGGUUCUGCUUUGGCAAAAGGCUGCUCUGCCAGUACCGUGCUUCUCCCGGCCCCUGGAAGCAGGGAUCUGUGUGUGUGUGCGCGCGCACGCAUGAGAGGUGGGAAGGACAUCUAUCAACUUCUGGACAUUGGACAUUAAACACUCUCACAAAUAAAUCCAA